CCCACCAAGGUACAGUGUAGAAGCUGAACGUGCACAGGCGGUUAAAUCAACUGUUUCGAAGAUGGCGCUCACGCUGGACACCGCGGCGGACCUCCUGCUCUGGGGCUGUGCUGGCAGCGUCUUGGCCUCCGCGUCAGUUGUCUUGGGUGGAAAGGAAGAUCCCGGUUGCUUCCUUCACUUACUCCUGGCGGUGUGGGUACUCGCGGCUGCCGGCUGCCUCGCUCGCACCUGCCUGAAGGUGCCAGUGUAUCGCAAAGCAGUUCUGGUGACUGGCAGCGACUCGGGGUUCGGGCACCAACUGGCACUGCACCUGGACAGAAUUGGCUUCCGUGUCUUCGCUGGUUGCCUCCGUGCAGAUAACGAAGGAGAAGGAGCAGAGAGGCUGAGGAAAUUAGGAUCCGAUAAAUUACACGUACUUCAGUUAGACGUGACGAAGCAAGAGCAGUUGCAGGAUGCGAGGAAGCAAGUCCAGGCGCUGAUGCAAAAGGGAGAAGUGCUGUGGGGUCUUGUCAACAACGCAGGCAUCGGGUGUCUGGGUCUGACGGAGUGGCCGACCAUUGCGAAGUACAAGCAAACAGCUGACGUUAAUAUUUUCGGGAUGGUGGCCGCCACGCAGACUUUCCUUCCCUUGAUCAAGCAGUCUAAAGGCCGUAUUGUGAACGUGGGGAGCAUGGUGGGCCGCGUCCCUCAGCCGAUCUUCACGGCCUACGUGGUCACCAAAUAUGCCGUGGAAGGAUUCAGUGAUUGUUUGAGAGUGGAGCUGAAACCAUGGCAAGUGAAGAUCAGCGUCAUUGAGCCGGGUAACUUCGCUAAAGCCAGACAGCAUGACGCCCGUGUUGGAGGCCAUGACAGAGGCCCUGACGCAGAGAUUCCCGAGGGCGCGCUACAUGCCCAUGGACCUGCACACCUUCGUCAGGAUAUUUGUGGCCACGCACCUCCCCGAGUGGCUCUACGACCUGCUCUAUGUCUGAUUCAUCGGGAUUCGUCGAUAGAGCCGAGGAAGGGCAUGGCGAAGCAUGUAGUGAAGCGAAUGACAAAUGAAGCUUCAAGAAAAUGGGCGGGGAUUCCCCCAACUCCAGAAAUCAAGAAGAACCUUUUCUACGACAAAAUGAAGCUCAACGACUCAAAAGCGAGAGGGAGUCGACCUCGAACAGACCCCGUGCUCGCUGGGUGGUUCAUCCUUUUUUUGAAGCCUUUUCGAAGCAACGAUGAGUCUUAG